GCGGCCGGGGAUGGGAUGGGACGGGACGGGCCGGGAUGGGAGCGGGUGAGGGGACGGCCGAGCCCGCCGGCGGCUUUAAAUGCGGGCCCGGGCCGGCGCCGCCAGCACAGCCGCGCCUCUCGCUCGGGCUGCCGCGGGCGCUCACCCGCACGGACACGGACACAGACACGGGCGGGCAGGUGUAGGGCCCCCGCCAUGCCCCACUGAGCCAGCCCGCAGCCCGUCCGCCGCCACGGCUGCCCCGCAGCCCCCGCCCGCCGCCAGGCUGGAGGAGCGCCGCAAGCCCGAGCCCCGGAGGAUGGAGGACGAGGCAGUACUGGAUAGAGGGGCUUCCUUCCUUAAACACGUAUGCGAUGAAGAAGAAGUGGAAGGUCACCACACCAUUUACAUCGGGGUCCACGUGCCGAAGAGCUACAGGCGGAGGAGGCGGCACAGAAGAAGAGCUGGGCACAAAGAAAAGAAAGAAAAGGAGAAAAUCUCGGAGAACUACUCGGACAAAUCAGACGUAGAAAACGCUGAUGAGACAAGCAGCAGCAUCCUUAAACCACUCAUCUCCCCCGCCGCCGAGCGCAUCCGCUUCAUCCUCGGAGAGGAAGAUGACAGCCCCGCGCCCCCGCAGCUCUUCACCGAGCUGGACGAGCUUCUGGCUGUCGAUGGACAGGAGAUGGAGUGGAAGGAGACUGCAAGGUGGAUCAAGUUUGAGGAGAAGGUGGAGCAAGGCGGGGAGCGAUGGAGCAAACCGCACGUGGCCACCUUGUCUCUGCACAGCCUGUUCGAGCUGAGGACGUGCAUAGAGAAGGGCUCCAUCAUGCUGGAUAUGGAGGCCUCUUCCCUCCCACAGGUGGUGGAGAUGAUCGUUGACAAUCAGAUCGAGACGGGGCUGCUGAAAUCCGAGCUGAAGGACAAGGUCACCUACACGUUGCUCAGGAAGCACCGGCACCAGACCAAGAAAUCCAACCUGCGCUCGCUGGCUGACAUUGGAAAGACCGUCUCCAGUGCAAGUAGGAUGUUUUCCAACCCCGAUAAUGCACGCAGCCCGCUGGAGAGCUCCGUGCCCUGCCUGGCCACGCGCACGCUGGACGAUGAACUGGGAGUGCAGCGCAGCCCCAGCGUGGGAUGGCUCAGCAGCCCGGCCAUGGCUCACCGAAACCUGACUUCCACCAGCCUCAACGACAUCUCGGACAAGCCUGAGAAGGACCAGCUGAAGAAUAAAUUCAUGAAGAAGUUGCCUCGUGACGCUGAGGCCUCCAACGUGCUGGUCGGGGAGGUGGAUUUCCUGGAGAGCCCCUUCAUUGCCUUCGUGCGGCUGCAGCAGGCGGUCAUGCUGGGAGCUCUCACCGAGGUCCCUGUUCCCACACGAUUUCUCUUCAUUCUGCUGGGACCAAAGGGCAAAGCCAAGUCCUAUCAUGAGAUCGGCCGAGCCAUUGCCACGCUGAUGUCGGAUGAGGUAUUCCAUGACAUUGCCUAUAAAGCCAAGGACCGUCAGGACCUGAUCGCAGGCAUCGAUGAAUUUCUGGAUGAAGUCAUUGUGCUCCCCCCUGGGGAAUGGGAUCCAGCCAUUAGGAUAGAGCCCCCCAAGUCUCUCCCUUCUUCAGAUAAGAGGAAGAACAUGUACUCGGGCGGGGAGAACGUGCAGAUGAACGGCGACACGCCCCACGACGGCGGCCACGGCGGCGGCGGCCACGGCGACUGCGAGGAGCUGCAGCGCACGGGCAGAUUCUGCGGGGGUUUGAUCAAAGACAUCAAGAGGAAAGCGCCGUUCUUCGCCAGCGACUUCUACGACGCUUUAAACAUCCAGGCCCUCUCAGCCAUCCUCUUCAUCUACCUGGCCACUGUCACCAAUGCCAUCACUUUUGGGGGAUUGCUUGGAGAUGCUACGGAGAACAUGCAGGGCGUGCUGGAGAGCUUCCUGGGCACCGCUGUCACCGGUGCUGUGUUUUGCCUUUUGGCUGGCCAGCCCCUCACCAUUCUGAGCAGCACCGGACCCGUCCUGGUCUUUGAGCGGCUCCUCUUCAAUUUCAGCAAGGACAAUGACUUUGACUACCUGGAGUUCCGCCUCUGGAUCGGCCUCUGGUCAGCCUUCCAGUGUCUCAUUCUCGUGGCCACCGACGCCAGCUUCCUGGUCAAGUACUUCACCCGCUUCACCGAAGAAGGAUUUUCCUCCCUGAUCAGCUUCAUCUUCAUUUAUGAUGCUUUCAAGAAGAUGAUCAAGCUGGCAGAUCAUUAUCCCAUCAACUCCCAGUUCAAGGUGGACUAUAUCACUCAUUACUCUUGUGCCUGUAAACCACUAGAUCCAGUUAAUAGCUCAUUACUUAACAGGACAAUGGUGCUGUCAGACUAUGAGCUGGUCUCUCCCUCCUCUGAGCUGGCCAACACCACCAUUGACUGGGCAGCUCUGACAGCCAAGGACUGCUUGAAGUACGGGGGUCAGCUUGUGGGCAACAACUGUGACUAUGUCCCUGACAUCACCCUCAUGUCUUUCAUCCUCUUCUUCGGCACUUACACCUGCUCCAUGGCCCUGAAGAAAUUCAAGACCAGUCGCUACUUUCCCACCACUGCCCGGAAGCUCAUCAGUGACUUUGCCAUUAUCCUGUCCAUUUUGAUCUUCUGUGGAAUAGAUGCCCUGGUCGGUGUGGACACACCAAAACUAAUUGUGCCAAGUGAAUUCAAGCCAACCAGUCCCGAGAGGGGUUGGUUUAUCCCACCUUUUGGAGGGAACCCGUGGUGGGUGUACCUGGCAGCAGCCAUCCCUGCCCUGCUGGUGACCAUCCUCAUCUUCAUGGACCAGCAGAUCACCGCCGUCAUCGUCAACAGGAAGGAGCACAAGCUCAAGAAAGGUGCUGGAUAUCACCUGGAUUUGUUCUGGGUGGCCAUUCUGAUGAUUGUCUGCUCCUUUAUGGGGCUGCCCUGGUACGUGGCUGCCACCGUCAUCUCCAUCGCUCACAUCGACAGCCUGAAGAUGGAGACAGAGACCUCAGCCCCUGGAGAGCAGCCCAAGUUUUUGGGAGUAAGGGAGCAGAGAGUCACUGGUGUCAUCGUUUUCAUCCUGACCGGGGUGUCUGUCUUCAUGGCUCCCAUCCUGAAGUUCAUUCCCAUGCCCGUGCUCUACGGUGUCUUCCUCUACAUGGGAGUGGCAUCCCUCAACGGCGUGCAGUUCAUGGAUCGGCUGAAGCUGCUCUUGAUGCCUCUAAAACACCAGCCUGACUUCAUCUACCUGCGCCACGUCCCGCUGCGCAGGGUCCACCUCUUCACCUUCCUGCAAGUGGUGUGCCUGGCCCUCCUCUGGAUCCUCAAAUCCACCGUGGCUGCUAUCAUAUUCCCUGUCAUGAUCUUGGCCCUGGUGGCAGUCAGAAAAGCCAUGGACUACCUCUUUUCCCAGCAUGACUUAAGCUUUCUUGACGACGUCAUUCCAGAAAAGGACAAGAAGAAGAAAGAGGAUGAGAAGAAGAAGAAAAAGAAGAAGGGCAGCAUGGACAGUGACAAUGAUGAUUCUGACUGCCCCUACUCAGAAAAAGUCCCAAGUAUUAAAAUACCAAUGGACAUCAUGGAGCAGGAACCUUUCCUAAGUGAUAGCAAACCUGCUGACAGAGAAAAGUCACCAACAUUCCUCGAACGCCACACAUCGUGCUGAUACAAUUCCCUUCCUUCAACCACACGCCAUGCCAAGGUAAGCACCCACAAAUGCACCUCUGCUCCCCAAGGAUCACAGCCACCUGCCCCACCUGGGUGGCUGCUUCCCAAGGUGAUCAGGGACAAGGUGAUUCCAUAGUUACUCCAGCCCCUGGCAGCGCUUGGGAUGGGCAGUGGAGAACCUGGGAGACCUGGAGGCUCCACUGGCCUCCUGGCUGCUGCAUGAGGACUGCAUUGGGAAUCAGACCAGGAGAAACACGUGGGGGCACUGGGAGGAGCCCAGAGGGUUGGUGCCAAAGGAAAGUAAUCCAUUUUUCCAUAUCUGUGUUUGAAAAUAAUGAAUAAUCUUUAACAAAGAAUAAUCUCAAACUGCAGCAAGUAAUAAUUGCUGAGAGACCAGCCCCUUGGGGCCAGCUUGGGCCUCCCAGCACCAGGACUGUGGUGUGGAGCAGGGCAGGUUUAUCCCUCUGGAAUGCCAGAGAUGUGUCUGUGCUUGCAGCUGUUAGACAGGCACUGAAAUUCAUCCCAGCGGCCAUGCCCGGAUUAUUCCAGUGGCACAGCCUGGGGUGGAACACCAGGAUGCUCCACCCUGGAAGUGUCCAAGCAGUGCUGAGACCAGCUCAUUCAGAUUAUCUGUGUGUGGGCCUGACCUUAAACCUGGCUGUAUAUUCCCAAAGCCCAGCAUCUGUGCUGCUCUGACCUUGUCUGUCUUCUCCUUUGCAGCCCUCCACGAACUCCAGUAAAAGUUGUGCCUCAAAUUAGAAUAGAACUUGAGCCUGAAGACAAUGGUUAUUUCUGGAGGAGCAAGGGAACAGAAACUACUUUGUAAUUUGUCUGUCUGUCUGAUCUUUUACGAAUUCAUUCUGUCACUAGCCAAAUGUUCAGAAGCUCCCUGCUCCCCCCGGCCAAGGUAACCGAGCCCCCGCUGCCCCUCCGUGCUGGGCUGCCCGGGACUGGGAAUGUCCCUGCCCGGGACUGGGAAUGUCCCUGCAGGAGCACCAGAGGCACUGGCUGCUGUCAGCCCUGUCUGGCAGGACAGAGCUGAGCUCCAGGCUGCUCCUUGGCUGCUCCCAGAUCCUGCUGGAACGUGCUGCUAACCCUCACGUGCUCUCACCUGUAGAUAGAAGAGAAGGUACUUCACUCCCGGCACAGACAGACCGUUGCCAUCGCUGUAGCAUGUUUGGAAUGUCCCUUUCCUAUGCAAUUUUUUUUUAAAGAAACACUUUAAUGGACUUAAUCCGUCAGGUACAUGGAAGAGUGUUAUUUUCCUAGAUUAUUUUGUUUAAAUUAUGGGGGCCUAACCUACGACUUUUUUUUUUUUUUUUUGACAAUUUUUUUAACCUUUUUUUAAUUACUGUAAAGAAAAAUGAAUUUUUUUCCUGCAGCAGGAAACAUAUAGUUAUGAGUAGUUCUACCUCUUAUUUCUAGAUGCCAGGCUUUCUGUAAAAAAUGUAUUGUACCAUAUAUAAUGUGAUUUUUACAAAAAAGAAACCCACGACAUCACACCACAAUCUCCAGGACGUGGCAUAGGGCUGGAUCAGUUCAAGUAACACCUCCUGCUCCGAAGCAUCUGUUCUUCUUAGGGUUGAGUUGGCUUUUGGAGUUUUUGUCAUGAGCAGUCCCUGCUGUGAAAGAAACCUUACACCUCUUGUGAUCUUGGAAGAGUCUGUAUGGACAGGUGCUGGUUAUAUCCCUGUUGCUGAUUUCUGACCUGGGAUCCCUCCAUGACUUUGUUGGAGCACCGGUGUGAAGACCCCAGGUGUGCCUCGGGCACAGUGCUCCAGGAGGAAGAUGAAGGUGGCCUGCUGGGAUGUCCAUCCUGACCCUGGGAUUCACAGACAUCCCCAUCCUCCUGCAUCCCACCUACAGAGCUUACCCUAAACCUUGGCCCCACACCCGGCAGAGCAGCAAGGCUAAGCAGGCCAGGCACGGGCAUCCCAGGAUUUUGGGGUGGACAUCCCAUCAGGAGAGAGGUUUUUCUCUCUGUAGCAUGUUCAUGCUGGAGUGUGCAUCUGCAGGCACGUUUGGGCUUCACCAGGACACGGGGAACACACUAAAAGCUUCGUCCAAAAAUAGAAAACAGAAGAAGAAGAAAAAGCAUCCCAGCUCUCGAGGCGAAUUCCCUGAUGGAGACAAUCCCGUCACAGAGGAUGGGCACAUGCUGCCACUCGGUCCUUGUGAAACCAAAGUCUGGGUUGGUGAAGUCAAGAGGAUUUUCUGAUGGUGCUGAGACCUUAAAUGCCAAAUUUUAGCAUCUGCUCCCACGCAGGAGCCGCCGCCUCCCUACAGCCCUGCUCGCCCUCCAGGGGUCUCCCCUUCAGUUUCCAUGGAAUCUGUGCUGGGUAUCCCAGGAGCCCAGCUGAAACCUGCUCUGAAAAUGCUGGGGACACUUGGGAAAGGCCUGAAGAGGAGCAGCUCUGGGAUCCUUCUGCUGCUGGAGCACAGGCAACUUGGGAAGAGCGAUGCCAGCUGUGGCCAGUGCUCUCCAUCCCUUGGAGAAGGAGAACAGCAGUCCUGGCACCCAGGGGACACAGGCUGGAUACACAGGAGCUGCCGUGGGAUUGCUGCCCGUCCUGCCCAGCCCGUGCUGUGCAGCAAUCCCAGAGGAGAGGUGCCACCAGGGGCUGUCCCGGUCGGUUCCAUGGGCACAGCUUCCAUCUGCUGCUGCCUGGUGACCUGUCUCCCCAAAAAUCAGGCCUCCCCUUCUGAACCGUGUUAAAUACCCUUGAAGCGUCCUGACCGCUGUUCCAGAUCUUUCUCCCUCCUCGUGUUGUGCUUUCUGUGGUGUGCUGAGGGACAGAGGGCUGGCUCUGCCUGAGGAACACCCGCCUCCCGUGGCAGGGAGGAGCUGCAGGGACAGGGAAGGGCUCUCUGCGGGCCACACGCCUCGGAGAACAACUGGAACGUCCUUGCAAUCCAAUUUAGGUGUUUUGGCAGAAAAUCCUGGGGGGGCUCUUCAGGGAAUAAGUGGGGACACCGACCCUGCCCAGCAAAUGCCAGCUCCCAGCUCCGUGCCAGCCCCGGCCUCGGGGCCGCUGCCCCUUCCCGUCUCCAUCGGAAUCAAGUCGCACUUUCAGAUACUUUUAUUCUUGUUUUUAAUUCUCCCAAGUCCCUGUUGUCUUUGGAGGAGAGAGCAAGGACUUGGGAUGAAGUGAAGUGGAUCGGAUGGUGGAACUAAAAGGAGAAAAGCAGAAAACAUUUCAAACAUAUUAAAGUGAUUUUUUUUUCCAAUAAUAUAAAAAAUGAAAUUCCUUAUAACAUUAUAGUAUUUUACAGUUUUAUGAAGCUUUCUAUUGUGACUUUUAUGGAAUCAAAAGAUGAAGAUGAUGAGAUAUUUUAGCAUUUAUAUUUUUCAAAAUUAAAUAAAUGUAUACUGAAAAUAAAGUAACUUUAUGCAUUUAUGGGAGAGUGCAUGUCUGUUUUCCCUCUUCGUGUGCCAAG